AUGGAUAUAUUAGUUGUUGAUGAACCAUUCAUUAGAGGAAAGUCAGAAAACGAUGGUUCAGAAUUACAUACUCUCUCUUUUCCAGAUGUUUCUAAAUCAUGGAAUACUAUAGUUAUUGAACCUCCUAUGCAAGCUGCAGCAAAAGCAAUUGGUCGUAAGCAGUUAAUUAAAAGAACCUUGCUUGGGCUUGCCUCUGUAGAACAAAUAUUAGAACAGGGGCCAGAAUUAGAACAUAAUCAAGUUAUAGAAUAUGAGGAAAAUGAACAAAAUUUCGAACAUGAGAGAAAUACUGAAACCACACAACUAAUUGUUUAG